UUAAUCCACAUUUAUAUACAUGUAUAAGGAUUUUUACACAAGGAAGUUGUUUGUUUUGAAAGAAAAUGACAAAAUGGAAGCAUGUUAUUGAAUGGUUGCUUACCUCUUUGCUUUUUCAUGAUGGAUAUUCUGCGUUCAACAUAAGCAGUGUGGUAUGCAUUGAAAAGUCUUUUGCUUUUGCAUUGGGAGAUAAAGGAUGCAGUUUUACAUUGGCAGAAGCUAAACAGUGGUUUAGAGAAGACACAAGUUCCUGCACUAGACAAUGUCUCGUAAAAAUCAACAAUUUAGAAGAAAGAGAAUCAAGAUGGAGUUCUGAAACCAAAUAUCAAUUGGCAUUUAUAGCUUUAAGUAUCAAGGGCUUUAUGGAUGAUUUCAAGAGGAUCGAAAGGGAAUGCAGAUUCUCAUAUAAAGAAAAGAGAACUUUGGAAAUUAUUUGCAAAACAAACUCAGAAAUAUUAGAUAUGUCCACAGAUCUGUGUACAAUAACACAGAAUUGUACAGAGGAAUCCAAAACGUGUUUAUUGAGAGGACAAAUUGGAAUCUGUAUAUGUAAACCUGGGUAUAUAGGAUUCGAAAAUAAAUGUUUACAGGGGAAUUUGAAACUAAACGAAACAUGCCAGCGAGAUGAGCAGUGUUCUGUGGCAUUUGGUUCUGUUUGUCUGAAUGGCACAUGUGUUUGCAGGCCUGGAUAUGUACCACUGAAUGAUUCAGAAUGUUUUCAAACAGACGCAGAUGGCAAUUCACAAGCAAUUAUCCAGGACCAAAAAGACGAUAAUGCUGUCAGUGUGACUAUUGGAGCUGUUUUUGGAGGCCUUAUCUUAGGCAUUGUCCUAACUAUUGUAAUAGGAAACAUCUAUCAACAUAUUCGAUAUGGAAAAUUUAAAACCAAAGACAAUUCGAGGGCUGCAGUGUUUAAUAAUGCUACUUAUGAGACUGAAACAGACGUGCUUCAAAACAAUCCAACCGAACAUCGUAUAAAUGAGAGAAAAGUUGUAAAUGUGCUACCUUUUGCUCAUUCUGAUGAUUCCCAGAAGAACGGAAACGUCCAAAAAGAUAUAAAAGGCUCACCGGAAAAUAUUGACGUAAAUAAUGACGUUUACAAUCAUCUGCAUGAAAAGGAAGAAAAUUCUGAUUUUGUUGAAAAUUAUGACCACGCCCAUGGAAACAUAAAUCGUGAAAUAGAGGAAAGUGACUACAGCAAUCUGAAUAUUGGGAGACGAUAUAUGGAAUCUGACGUUUCUGUAUCUGAAGAUAAUUAUUAUGACGUCAGAGAAUCAGCUAGACAAGUGAUUAUUUUUCACUGAAAAAUAAUUAAAGAAUUUUUUAGAAUGGUCACCGUUGCAUUUAGAAUAGUGUAUAUCUAUUUUAUUUAUAAUGUGUGUUACAUUUCAUUCAAACUUAAGAAACAUUUAUUUAUUAAAUAUUGAAAGCAAUAACUAUUCAACUGCCUCCCAGCACAUAUCAUGAUGACGGGAGGGUAUAUAUUAAUCUGGAUGUCCGUCCGUCUGUUACGCUUUUGGGUACCCAUCUCUUAUUAACAACUCCUCUUAUAUCACUGAAAGAAAUUUGAUGAUACUUUCAGAGAAUCUUGAUAACACAUUGACGUUGUGCACCUCUUAUUUUACCUUUUGAUCCAAUACAUAUUUGGGUUUCCUAUAGCAAAACAUAGACACGUUCGUUAUAUUCAUAUGGGAGGGGGGUGUUUCAUUUAGUGAGCUCAUUGCUCACAGUACCUUUAGUUUAACCAGUGAUUUUCUUUUAUGGAGGUUUUGUCGACAGCAAAUGCCCAAAAUACGAUCAUUAAUUCAGUGAAUCCAAUCUUGAAUCCAUUAUAUAUCCCCUUCUUUUCAUUAUACUUAAUAUAUCCAUUGUCCCCGAUUAUACAUAUUAAUUUCCCUAAUGCCAAUUUGAAUAAUGACCUUGAUCUACCCCUUAUACCACUUUUACUCAAAAGCUGCAUAUAAUAGAAAUAAUAAACGGAUAUCAAAAAUAGUUAAUUACCCAAGGUAAGAAUUUUGAAUCUGUUUUCAAAAUCCGGGGUCAUAACAAUUUCUAUAAUCUCUGUAAAUAAUAAGGACACUCUUUUUAAAGACUUUAUACAUAAAAAGCUCAUCCUUGCCCAUUGUCUACCAUUUACGUGUAAUACAAUCUAGUAGUUGCAUAUCCUUUAUGAAUAUUAUAAGUUUAUUGAUCGAUAUAAAAGUACUAUCUAGUAUUAUGAAUUUAAGAUGUCCAUUUAUUCGUUUU